AUGUCUACGCCAAUAAAGUUGCCGGAUGGUUUACCUUAUCCAAUUACUAUAGCACAACUUACAGUAUCAACAGGAGAUUUUGUUGAGAAGGGGCAGCGGCUAUUUGCAUAUCAGUACUGGAAUUUUGAGGAUAUUAUUACAUCGCCUGGAGAUAGUUCACCAUUAGGGGCUAAGAAACAACGUGUGGAUUUGAUAGGUACAUUUGACUCUCCUGUGUCUGGUCAGGUUGUUACUUUAAAUUUAAGAUUAGGAGAUGAGUUUGUUAAGGGGCAGCAGACAAUUGCUGAAAUUAAGCAAGAAUGUCCGCACGAUGUUAUAUAUGGAGGGCUAUGUACUCAGUGCGGGAAGACUGUUGAAGAGGAAUUAAGCGGUCUGAACUCAUUGGAAAAACAAACAAAAUUGGCGGUAUCUCACACAAAUACUAAUAUUCGCGUUUCGGAACAACAGGCGUUUACUUUGGAGCAAACCGCGCGGAAGCGGCUCAGGCAGGAGAAGAAGUUGGAUUUGGUCGUUGAUUUGGAUCAAACGGUUAUACAUUGUGGUGUAGAUCCAACAAUUGGAGAAUGGUCAAAGGAUCCAAAUAAUCCCAACUAUGAGGCACUAAAGGACGUAAGAUCGUUUGCAUUGGAUGAUGAAACACUUAUGCCAUCUUUCUACAUGGGUCCUAUGCUACCGGCUAGGAAAUGUUGGUACUACGUUAAAUUAAGACCUGGACUAAAGGAAUUUUUCGAGGAAAUAGCCCCCCACUUUGAAAUGCAUAUAUAUACAAUGGCUACUCGAGGCUAUGCACUUGAGAUUGCGAAGAUAAUUGACCCUGACGGGAAGCUUUUUGGCGAUAGGAUUUUAUCUCGAGACGAGAAUGGAUCUCUGGCGCAUAAAUCUUUGGAAAGGCUAUUCCCUAUGGAUCAAUCAAUGGUUUUGAUUAUAGAUGAUAGGGGUGAUGUAUGGAGCUGGUGUGAAAACUUGAUUAAGGUUGUACCCUACGAUUUCUUUGUAGGUAUUGGUGAUAUUAACUCCAAUUUCUUACCUAGACAGCAGAACUCGAUGUUACAUAUAGGUCGAAGAAGCCGCAAGAAGCUGACACAGGAAACGGAACUUUUGACGGAUAUACUCGAGACUGAAAAGAGACUGAAGGAAAAAAUCAAUGAGGAGGUCAAGAGACAGGAAGAGCAAAUGCAUAAAAUCUCUGAUGAUAAAAUCACAGAGAUGGCAUCUCAUAAUGAGGAGAUUGCUAAAAAAUUGGAGCAUAACGCGUCACUAGAAGUUCAGCAACAGAACAGACCGUUAGCCGAACUACAAAAGCACUUACACAAUGAAAGACUUUUAGCAGAUGAUGAUGAUGAGCUCUCACAUCUUUCUGGCAUUCUGUUGCGGGUUCAUAAUCUUUAUUAUACCGAAUUGGAGGAAAAUAAAUCGAAAAAUAUAGAAACGUUCCCUGACGUUAAAAUAAUAAUGUCAAACCUAAAGCGGAAAGUAUUUAAAGAUUGUUAUUUUGUAUUCUCAGGGCUUAUACCACUCCAUACAAAUAUUGAAAAAGCGGAUAUUGUACUGUGGACUAACUCUUUCGGUGCGCAGACAACCCCAAACAUUAACUACAAUACGACACAUUUAAUAACGAAGACCCCCGGUACUAUGAAAGCCAGACUAGCGAAGCGCUUUAAUCCUGAGAUUAAAAUUGUACAUCCAGAUUGGAUAUUUGAAUGCUUGGUCAACUGGGAAAGGGUAGAUGAAGGCCCUUACGAGCUUCAGGUAAAGGAAGAUGUCAGUGAUGAAUACUUGGAAAACUUCAAGAAGGACCUUGCGGCUGCAAUCGAUAGAGAGUCUGCAGAGCAAGCACCAUUGCCUCACCAUAGAUAUGGUGAGAGUGGCAGAGAUGACGAAGCAUUGACGCUUUUAGGAGGAAAUGGGUCGUGGUUAGAUAACGAUGACGAUGAAAUGGAUGAGUUUUUAAAUGACGAAGAUGGUGACUUUAACGAAUCUUUCAAUGAUGAGGAAGAUUUUGAAGAAAACGACGAAUACAAUGGAGGUUAUAUCCUUAUACCAAACCACAGGGCUGAUGAAAGAAGUGCUAAACGUUCGUUUGAGGAGAUAGAAGACGCUCCGAGUACAAAGCGUCAACAUAAAGUAUCCGUACCUAACGGAUCAGGAGAAAGUAAAGUCAUAGAUAGUGGCGAUUAUGACGAACUGGAUAACGGUAAUGGUGAGGCAAAAAAGGAUCGCGAUAAUGAGGGUAAAGGUGAUGAUGACUUCGACAGCAAUGAAGACGGUGAAAGUGGUGACGCCGACAACGGCGACAACAACAACGAUGAUGACGAUAAUGACGAUGAUGAUGAUGAUGAUGAUGAUGAUGACGACGACUUGGAAGCUGAAUUGCUGCAAGAAUUAGAGCAGUAA